GGUUGAAUCAUCUGGCAAAUAUAUCCUGGGAAUACGGAAGUAAAGCCAUGUGUUCUCUCUUCGUGACCCGGCAACCCGUCCCGUUUCUCGGUGCAUACCGGAAUGGUGUGGAUCGAGACACGGUAGACGUCACAGAACUCCGCACUAUAAGCCUACAUGGUGCCGAGAGAACCAUAACCCCGCAGUCUCCCCUCGUUCCCCAACGAACACUACCUAGGCAAGCCAGGUGCCAAUUCCCCCGAUGUCAACGCAUCUACUUAUACCGAAGAAGAUAGCCGAGUCAAUUUAAGACCCGGAGAUCCAUGUCUGGCGACAUGAAUCCUUGCCUGGUCAACUUGAAUCUCAUUUAUCGCUAAUCUCAGAAUCACGGAGAAAUUAGCAAGUCAUCUAAAGCCAUGUCGCCGACCCCAAAGAACAUCAUCAUAACCGGAGCCGGUGGCUUCAUCGGCCCCUUGCUUGCGGCCCGUUUGCUGAAUGAUCCGGACUACAGACUUAUCCUCACAGAUCUCGUCGAGCCCGUCGUCCCGGCCGGAGUCAAGUACCCCCAGAAUGCGACUAUCAUGACAGGCGAUAUCUGCGACCCGGCUUUCGUCUCGUCGCUACUCGAAGCUGCGAAGCCACUCUCAGCUAUAUUCAUCUUCCACGGCAUCAUGUCCGCCGGCUCCGAAGCAAACUGGGACCUCUCCCUGCGCGUAAACGUAAACAGCGUGCGGGACCUGCUCGUCGCGCUGAAAACGACAUACCCAGGGGUGCGGGUGAUCUACUCCAGCUCACAAGCCGUAUACGGCCAACCGCUCCCCUCCGGCGCGAUAUCGGACUCCGUAACGCCGACGCCGGAGGGGACGUACGGCGCGCACAAGCUGCUCACCGAGGCGUUCGUCAACGACAUGCACCGCCGCGGGUUCAUCGACGCGUUUAGUCUGCGUUUCCCGACGGUCUCAGUGCGGCCCGGGCGUCCGACGAACGCCGCGUCGUCGUUUCUGUCCGGCAUGAUCCGCGAGCCGAUGGCGGGGGAGAAGUGCGUGGUUCCGCUGCGGGAUAGGUCGUUUCGCUCGUUUUUGUGUUCUCCGGGGAUUCUGCAGGAGAAUCUGGUCCGGGUGUUGGGGAUGGAGAGCGAGAAGCUGCCAAGGCAUAUUCGCCAUAUUAAUAUGCCGGGGAUUUCGGCGUCGAUUCAGGAGUUGAGGGAUGCGUUGGCGAGAUAUGGUGGGGAGGAGCGGUUGGGGUAUCUUGUUGAGGAGGACGAUCUGGAGCUGGAGAGGAUAUUGAGGAGUUGGGCGCCGGAGUUGGAUACGACGACGCCGAUUAGGUUGGGACUAGUGAAGGAUGAGAGUGCGGAUGCGUUGGUUAAGCAGUAUGUUGAUUCGUUGAAGCGGUGAUGGUUUGGGUAGUUAGGCGGGUAGGUAGGUAGGUAGGUAGAUGGGUAUCGAUUAUCAUCAAGCAACAGCAUUUUCAAAAUAAAUGAAAUUCAGUCAAAACACUUUUCUUAGCUAUCUACAGGAUUUCCCGUGAUUUACAUACAUACUACUACGGUCAAAACUAUGAAAUGUACCCGCCCCCCGAAGCCGCGAGAGUGGCAUAGUAGAGCUCGUCUUCCGCGCAUAUGACCAUUCGUCCGUCGCCGGCGAAAUUGAAGUUCGCAGUGGUCUUGCCGAGGAAGACCUUUCCAAUUAGUUUUCCCGACGGGUUGAAGAUCUGUAGGCCAUCGCCACAGCCCGCCCAGACGUUGCCUUUGCUGUCGCAAUGGACAC